UUGAAUAGUAGUUCGUUUCCGUUGCUUGUCUCUCCUGCUUUUCUGCUGCCGCUCAACGACACUGUCGCAUUGUCAUACCGCUUAGACAUUUGCUCCGAUUUGCCGAUUCUCUAGCCUCUCCGGGCGCCCCGAAGCAGCGAUCCAGCGACACGCUCAUGAGAUCUAUGGUCACUUAGUUCGUGAAAUAAAGAUUGUUGUCAAGAUCGAGGGUGUUCGGUACGCUCGCCGUUGCUUGUUCACUGGUUUAACGCAACAUCUGUCAGUCUUUUCUCGUUUUGUUGGCGGUCAGCGGCAAUGCACAUCGAGUUUUUUUGAUCGCCAGCUGUUCAAGGCUUCCGGAUUACUCUUAAGCAAAGAGACAUGGAGAUACUUUCCAGCCGAGUUGGUACGAAACAGGAUGAGCAAGCUUACAGAAAAUGGUUCGAGUACGCUGAUACAGAUGGCGACGGACGUCUUACUGGCAAUGACGCAGUAAAAUUCUUCUCUAUCUCUGAGUUGCCGAGGGCUGAAUUGAAACAGGUGUGGGCUAUUGCCGAUGAGAAGCGACAAGGGUUUCUUGGCUUCAAAGAGUUCGUUUCUGCAAUGCAGGUUAUCUCACUCGCCCAGUUAGGAAAGGAUAUCAACCCUGACAUUCUUAAGAAUUCCGAUUUGGAGAAUAUCAGUCCACCCACCAUGACUGGACUGGAAGAAUUAAUUCUGAAGGGUAAUCAACGUACUUCGCCAGCCUCGAACGACUCUCUGCAUAGCAAUGGGUCUCCACCACAGCGACAGACGUCCUGGUUUGCCCCGAAGCCCCCACGAAAGACCCUCUCAGCGAUAGCAGUUACUUCAAUUGUGGACGGCUUGAAGAAGCUGUAUCUUGAGAAACUGAAGCCUCUAGAAGUUGCCUACCGCUUCAACGAUUUCGUAUCUCCCAUACUGACGGAUAGUGAUUUCGAUGCAAAGCCUCAGGUGAUGCUUCUGGGUCAAUACUCAACGGGCAAAACCACUUUCAUUAAGCACUUGCUUCGAAGCAGUUAUCCCGGGGCUCACAUUGGGCCUGAGCCUACAACUGAUCGAUUUGUUGUCGUCAUGGGAGGAGCUGAUGAGCGAAACGUGCCUGGUAACACUAUUGCAGUACAGGCAGAUAUGCCUUUCAGUGGUCUCACUAAAUUUGGCCAGGCUUUUCUUGCGAAGUUUGAAUGUUCACAAAUGCCACAUCCUUUAUUGGAUCACAUUACGUUUGUGGACACACCAGGAGUGCUUUCUGGAGAAAAGCAAAGAACCCAAAGGAGUUAUGACUUCACAGGAGUGACAGAAUGGUUUGCAUCGAAAUGUGACCUCAUCUUGCUUCUUUUUGACCCUCACAAGUUGGAUAUCAGUGACGAGUUCAAGAGGGUCAUCACUUCUCUGCGUGGCCAUGAUGAUAAAAUACGCAUCGUCCUGAAUAAGGCUGACCAAGUCGACACCCAACAGCUGAUGAGAGUUUAUGGAGCUCUUAUGUGGUCUUUGGGCAAGGUGCUCAACACACCCGAAGUUAAUCGUGUUUACAUUGGGUCUUUCAAUGACCGACCUAUUGAUGAGGAUAAGGUAGGGCCAAUUGGAAAAGAUUUAUUUGAAAAAGAACAGGAAGAUCUCUUAGCGGACUUAAAGGACAUUCCACGGAAGGCAUGUGAUCGGAGGAUUAAUGAAUUUGUGAAGAGGGCAAGACAAGCCAAGAUUCAUGCUUAUAUAAUAGGCCAACUGAAAAAAGAAAUGCCUGCCAUGAUAGGCAAGGUCAAAGCUCAACAACGCUUGAUUGACAACUUGGAAGACGAAUUUGGCAAGGUUCAAAGAGAAUUCCAUCUACCAGCUGGUGAUUUUCCAAGCGUGGAACAUUACAGGGAAAGACUAGCUGGAUAUAAUUUCGACAAAUUCGAGAAAUUGAAACCAAAGAUGUUGCAAACAAUUGACGAUAUGCUGGGUUAUGAUAUUCCAGAGUUGCUCAAGAAGUUCCGUAAUCCCUACGAAAAUUAGCUGCUCCGAGAUUGUAUUUUUCUGCUUCAAGAUUUAGAGUUCAAUAUUCAUCAAUGAACUGCACUGACUAAAGCGAACUUAGGACAGGAAUUAGCACCUCCAACAUGUGACUCAUAGUUAUCAAGUUGUCAUGACUUUUUGCACUCUUGUGGCCCGUACACUGUGGAGGAGUAGUGGAAACUUUCUGUUUUCUGCUCUAUUCACGUUAGGUACAGAUUUAUAUUUGUCUCGAUAUAUGUACUUUAUUUACUCUGAGAUUAUUAUUAUUGCGCUGUACUGAAAUUUUCCGACCACGUGUAGUACUACGACUUCUGAUUAACAGACACGUACACUUAUGAUUUAA